AUGCGACCCCCAGGCCUUCCUAGGGCGGGCCACGUCCAGGUCGCGAGCUUCCACUCUUCACAGCACCUUCUCAUGCCCCGUCGCGGAACUUCACGUUCGGGACGCAUCGCCCUCAGCCCUUGGAAACCGCGACAACCGGCCCCCACACCUCCGUCGUGGAAACCAUUUGCGGCGUCGAACUUGCUGCUUGACCUCGACGCGUACGAAAGCAAGCAUGUGCGACCCUACGAUGAAUCGGACGAGGCCCGUCACAAGGACAAUUGGGCUACGAACCCCACGCGUGACGCCCUCAAGCGAGCCGCCUAUGAGUUCAAGCCGGUCUUCAAGUUGGCGCAGUCCAAGUUCGCCAGCGUCACGGGCGAUCAGAGCUCCCGGAAGUGGCGCGUCAACGACCUAGACAUCAUGACGGCCGCCGUUCUGGGGCUCCCGACCCAACCCGAACCCGCGAGGCACGCUACCGAAAACGCAGACCCGCAGGGCCCCGACGCGGAUCCACAGGCGCGGCGCGCUCUCCGGGUGGUCCUCCGGCAGAACGCCAUCCCUACCACCGCGUCUAGGGACGAAGAGCGUCUCCUAGACUGGCUGCUGCACCGGCAAUCGCAAAUCGCACCCAAGACGUACCCGGACGCGGCGUCCCUGCAGGAACGGCUGGGUCCGCAAGGCGAGGGGGUCCACUGGCCGGACUUCUUCCGAUGGAGGCGACUCGUCGUCUCGGCCAUGGAAACGGAGGCCGGGCUCGUCGCGCUGAGCGCGUCCACGGAGCAACUUGCCGAGGCCAUCAUGGCCCUCACGACGGGCGCCGAAGAUGGUCUCCAGCUCCUGGAGUUCAUGCACAACCUCCGCAUACGGCUCGCGGGCGCUGGCGUGGAGCUGGGCUCGCAUCUGUGCGGACUGGGUCUCGUCUUGUCCGCCCAUGCCCGUGAGCUGGAGGCCAUGCGGAAGUAUCUCCAUAUCGGCCUGGCGGCGGGUUACUGGGGCGUCCAAGCCCACGUCGAGUUGGACCCUUGGUCUGACGAGUUCUUGAGCCGCCUACCUACGGCUCUCGUCGUAGACAAAGCCGGCCUGGUGAGCGUCCAUCGCAGCCUAGAGAGCCUGAAAUCUCUCAUUGUUGAGGAAUUUCAUCGGACGACUGAUUAG